AUGCUGGGGACCCUUUGCUCUCUCAUCACAGCUCUAACAUGUGUGAAUGGUGUGGUAGUUGUGUCACAGGUGCCUUUAGGAGAGACGGCCAACAUGGACUGUAAUUCAGCUGUUAAUGGACCACGUUUUUACAAACAGAUUCCAGGAGGAAUCCCUCAGUUUGUUUUAAAUUUUUAUGAGGACUGGAGCGCUCCAGAUUUUGGUUCUGGUUUCUCCUCUCCCAAAUUUACUGUUAAUCAUCAGUCAAACUCAGAUUAUCAGCUUAGAAUUAGCAAUGUUGAAGAAGGAGACGCUGCAGUAUAUUACUGUAGCACAUGGGAUGACUCUGCUGAAGAUGUGGUAUUCGGCCAAGGAACCAAGCUGAUUGUAACAGACUCCAGUCUCCCUCCUCCUGUCCUGACUGUCUUCCCUCCAUCCAGUGCUGAGCUGCAGACCAACAAAGCCACUCUGCUCUGUCUGUCCAGUCAGUCUGCGCCUUUUGCAGAUGUGAGCUGGUUGGUUGGUGGGAGUCCAGUGACCAGUGGGAUCUCUACCAGCACUGCUGUUCAGAGACCAGACCAGACUUUCCACAUCAGCAGUUCUCUGUCCAUCCAGACAUCAGACUGGAACAUGAAUAAGGUUUAUACCUGUAAAGUGUCUUUGGGCUCCCAGACUGCAGAGAAAACCAUCAACAAGUCAGGAUGUCCUGCUGAAGAACAGUAGAGGAC